GCAACACGGACACACACGGUAGGGUCGUCCCCCAUAUCCGACGGCCACCCCAAAACGAGAGGCGUGUUUACUGCGUAAAGGAUCCCGCGCUUUCUCUCUCUCAUCGCCGUUUAUAUAUAUUGAAACAUGCAUUCGAUUCCUAAUUCUCUCUCAAAAUCGAAAAUUCUCCCUCUGAUUCACGGAUUCACCAGUGCAUUAUCGAAUCCUGAGUUUCUCUUCACUUCUUCAGAUCCAAACUCGUCGGCUUCAGGUUAAGCCGUGGAGCCGUUGUAAUUGAAAGGUUGACUGCUUGUAUUUUCAUUUAUCUGAGCUUAGAAAACAGGUUUUGUUGAUAAAAUCUGUUUGGUGCUCGGUAUCAUCAGAAUUUUCUUCUGAGAAAUUGAACUGAAAUUGAAAAUGAAAAAAUUAAAAGCAUGAUGAUUGAGUUUGGAAUUUCACUCAUGCGGUUGCUGAGCAGUGCCAACGGUUAUGGUCCACAUAUUUUUGGAUGGCUAUUUACUGGAUCAUUUGGAUUGGUAGUUAUAAUAUUUGCACUUCUUAGAUGGCAAAGGAAAACUUCUUUAAAUUGGGUUAAAGCUGCUGCCAAAGCAAAGAAGGAAGUGUGGAAAAGGCUAAAACUUCCCCGAUUUCCUCAUUUAUGGAUGGAAGAUUUUGCUUAUGGUGAACAACCUUCCGCAUGCUGUGUUUGUCUGACUUCCCUGGUUUCCCCCCAAACUGUCAGUACAAAAGCAGCUUUGCAUACGCCUUUUCACCGAUGCGCUGUUUGUGGGGUAGCAGCUCAUUUCUAUUGUUCAGAGUACGCAACAAAGGAUUGCAAAUAUGUGGCACAAGCUGGUUUCGGCCAUGUGCGACAUCACUGGUCUGAAAGAUGGAUUAACAUGGAUGAAAAUCCAGAGAUGUCUGCUUUCUGCUUUUACUGUGAUGAACCAUGUGGUGUUCCUUUUAUUGAUGCUUCUCCUACAUGGCAUUGCCUAUGGUGUCAACGCCUUAUACAUGUCAAAUGUCAUGCAAAAAUGUUGAAAGAAUCUGGUGAUAUUUGUGAUUUGGGUCCUCGUAGAAGGAUUAUUCUUUCUCCACUCUGUGUGAAAGAAGUCGAAGUACAUGCUGGAGGAGGAAUACUCAGUUCCAUCACUGAAGAAAUCAUAGCCUCUUCUAAUCGAGGGCAAAUGAGGAAAAAGCGCAACAGGAACAAAAAUGGUAGCGGCCGUGUUGUUAAUGGAAAGAUAGAUGCCUCAGCUACCAAUAAAGCCUUGGAAUAUGUGUUCAAUGGGCUAGCUUGUCUGAAGAAAUCCAGUAGUGAGGAAAAGAAUAACUCCUCAAGGAUGGAUGGGAGAUUAUUUGAUGUUAAAGGCACCUCGGAUGGAGUUAUGAAGAUAAAAGGUGGACCCACAAUUUAUGGUCAAGUUAAGAAGUAUACAUUGGAUGAUUUGCCCCAGGAUGCAAGACCUCUUCUGGUCUUCAUCAAUGCUAAGAGUGGAGGUCAGCUUGGUCCUUCUCUUCGGAGGAGAUUGAAUUUGCUGUUAAAUCCUGUACAGGUGUUUGAAUUGAGUUCUUCUCAGGGCCCUGAGGUUGGGUUGGAAUUGUUUCGUAAUGUGCCAUAUUUUAGAGUUUUGGUCUGCGGUGGAGAUGGCACAGUUGCAUGGGUCCUCGAUGCAAUUGAAAGGCACAAUUUCGAAUCUCCUCCACCUGUUGCAAUUAUCCCUCUUGGAACAGGAAAUGAUUUGUCAAGGGUCUUGCAAUGGGGAAGAGGUUUCUCGAUGGGUAAUGGACAUGGUAGCUUAACCACACUUUUGCAUGAUGUUGAUCAUGCUGCAGUAACAAUGCUAGAUCGGUGGAAAGUUUGCAUCAGAGGAGAAAACUUAGCAGGCAAUCCAGGAAAACCGAAAUCCAAGUUCAUGAUGAACUAUUUAGGUAUUGGAUGUGAUGCUAAGGUUGCAUAUGAAUUCCAUGUGACACGGCAAGAAAAUCCUGGGAAGUUCAGUAGUCAGUUUGUAAAUAAAUUGCGUUAUGCAAAAGAAGGUGCAAGGGAUAUAAUGGACAGAACUUGUGCUGAUUUGCCAUGGCAAGUUUGGCUUGAGGUUGACGGGAAGGACAUCCAAAUCCCAAAGGACUCUGAGGGUCUAAUUGUACUGAACAUUGGCAGCUACAUGGGCGGAGUGGAUCUUUGGCAAAAUGACUAUGAACAUGAUGAUGAUUUCAGUGCUCAGUCUAUGCAAGAUAAAAUGCUUGAAGUUGUAUGCAUACAUGGAGCAUGGCAUCUUGGCAAACUUCAGGUUGGACUUUCUCAAGCUAGGCGGCUUGCGCAAGGCAAACAAAUAAAAAUUCAUGCUUCCAGUCCUUUCCCAGUUCAAAUAGAUGGGGAACCGUUUAUCCAUCAACCUGGCUGCUUGGAGAUAACCCACGAUGGGCAGGUGUUCAUGUUGAGAAGGGCCACGGAGGAACCCAGAGGCCAAGCAUCUGCUAUAAUGGCAGAUAUCUUACUGGAAGCAGAGUGCAAAGGAAUCAUCAAUGCAUCUCAGAAAAAAACUCUUCUCCAACAGUUGGCUCUCAAUUUAUCUUGAGUUUAGUGUGUGGACACCAUGCCUCCCUGUUCUCCUCAUCUUCACCUGCUAACAUGCCUUUUCCCCCACGAUUUUGGCUCCCUCGGUUGCAUAUAACAAAAAUAUAUAUAUUAUUGUACAACUACUUUUUGUAGGAACAGUUUUUUUUUUACCACGAGAGUUUUUCUAGAGCCACUAAUCGAUGUAGAAGAGACUGUAUAAAUGAACAAUACCCUGAGAGAAUCAAUUGUCAGUUUGUCAAGUUCUUUUACUUUUUAUGUCAAA